ACCGCCCGCCGCGCCGCCAGCCGCGAGUGUGCAUGCAAGUGAUGACGACUUGUGACUAGUGCCAUGACCGUGCUCCGCUGUGCCCUCUUCGCGGCACUCGUCGCCGUCGCCGCCGCCGCCUGGCAGGAGAACGUCAGGCCCAAGGUCUUCGCACAACUAGGAGUGGACGACACGCACAAGUUUUUGGGGAACGAAACACACACAGACUACUUCAGAUUAUUAUUAAGAGAUGGAAACUAUCUGCUCGUCGGCGGCAGAAAUGUGGUGUACAACCUCAGUCUGACAGACCUGACGGAGCAGCGCCGCCUGGUGUGGUACUCCCCAGAGAACGACGUCAAGAUGUGCGUCGUCAAGGGAAAGGAUGAGGAAAGCUGCCAGAACUACAUCCGCGUGAUGGUGUCCCUCGGAACGGGACGGCUGCUGGUCUGCGGGACAAACAGCUUCAAGCCGUUCUGCAGGGAGUACAGCGUGCAGCGGGAUUCCUACCACAUGGAGCGGGAGAAGUCUGGCCAGGCCGUCUGCCCGUAUGACCCUGAGCACAACUCCACGGCUGUAUAUGCUGAUGGAGAACUAUACUCAGGGACAGUAGCAGACUUCAGUGGCAUGGAACCCAUCAUUUAUAGAGAGCCGUUACAAACAGAACCAUACGACUCCAUGACGCUAAAUGCUCCUGAUUUCGUAAAUUCCCUGGUACACGGCAACUUCGUUUAUUUCUUCUUUCGAGAAACGGCCGUCGAGUACAUCAACUGUGGAAAGGCGGUGUUCUCCCGUGUGGCCAGGGUGUGCCGGGACGACAGAGGAGGCCCGCACCGCUUCAAGCAGCGGUGGACCUCCUUCCUCAAGUCCCGGCUCAACUGCUCCGUGGCCGGGGACUUCCCCUUCUACUUCAAUGAGAUCCAAUCAACCACAGAGCUAAUAGAUGGCGUGUACGGCGGGCUAAGCGCCCAGCUGAUAUACGGCACGUUCACAACGCCCCCUAACAGCAUAUCGGGCAGCGCCGUCUGCGCGUUUAGUAUGCAAGACAUCGCCGACACCUUCGAGGGGACCUUCAAGGAACAGAGCGCCAUCAACUCCAAUUGGCUGCCUGUGAAUAGCGCUAAGGUCCCAGAGCCUCGACCAGGGACGUGUCACAACGACUCUAGACAGCUGCCCGACCAGACACUAAACUUCAUCAAAACACACGCCCUGAUGGACGAGUCAGUGCCAGCCUUCUUCGGAGAACCUAUUGUCAUUAGGACUAGUUUUCACUACCGAUUUACCCAGAUAGCAGUGGAUCCCCAAGUGAAGACCCCGGGUGGAAAAGCAUACGAUGUGCUUUUUAUUGGAACAGACAAUGGCAAAAUCAUCAAAGCGAUCAACGCAUGGUCGUACGACUCUAACAAGCGAGCUGUGCCUGUGGUCAUUGAGGAGCUACAGGCCUUCGCAGCCGGGUCCCCGGUUAGAGCCCUGAGGGUCGCCAGGGCGGGCAGGGACGCGGCCAGACUCAUCGCUGUCUCUGAUAGAGAAGUCUUAAGCCUGAGACUGCAUAGGUGUUCGAGCGACAAGAUCAGCUCGUGCUCAGAAUGCGUGGCGCUCCAAGACCCGUACUGCGCGUGGGACAAGCAGGCCGGCCGGUGCCGCGCCUACUCGCAUGGAGUCAGCCGGUGGUUAGACGAGAACUCCUUCUACCAGAGCGUCAAUACUGGCAGCCACUCGGCCUGUCCUCACAGUAAAGACGCAGGUGCCGUCGGCGGUCUCAGUUCAGGCCUGUACGAUGAUGCGAGAGGAGAAACCAAAGGAGAAGUCAUCAACAUAGUCCAAGACAAAGAUGGGAAAGGAGGCAGCAACAGCAAUGAAGGUCCAGAAGUAAUAACAGCCGAUCCUCCACCACCAGCGUACUCGGUAGAAACGUUGGCGCUAGCAGUUGCAGCUGGAGCGUUAGCCGCUUUAGGCGCUGGAUUCGCAGCGGGCUACAUCUGCGGCCGGCGGUGUAAGAAGGACGACGAUGACAACAUGCCGUACCCUGAUACUGAGUAUGAGUACUUCGAACAGAGACAGAAUAUUAACAGGAUUCAAGCAGAACCUAAGCUGCUGCAGCAAGUUGAAGAAGUGACGUAUGCCGAGCCUGUGCUCGCUCCACAACCCAAGCCAGCGUCUCCCCGGGCGACCCUCCGCAAACACCCCCCAUACCACCCCCACCACGAGACGCUAUUCCAGUUCCAGCCAGACGCCUACCGCCGCGACAACUUCGGAACUCUCCGCUCUCAUCAGGUCAAUGGGGAUGGGUACCGGCGCGGCAACGACAAUGGCUUCUCGACCACGCGCUCAGUGAAGAAAGUGUACCUCUGAGAAACAAGCGGGGCGGACUCGCGCGACCAGAUGCAUCACCAUAAGCAUAAUACGCAUCACCACCAUACGUUGGUGUCGCAGCGCAGCAGCGGGUCGGGGUCCGGCUCAGCGAGCGGCGGCGGAUCGUCG